AUGCAAGAUGAUAUUAGGAACACGUUGCAUUGGAUACCACGUCCCCUCUCUUCCUCUUCGGUCGUUGUUGAGUCUAGUUCUGACUCGUCCGUAGCUGUUGCAUCUCCUCAUGCCCUGAAUAUUGCGUCUGGUGCUCCAGAUGAGCCGAGUACGUCAGCAUCUCCUUCGGCGGACCCAUCCUCAUCCGACUCAGCGCCUGGUGGUCUGACUGAGCCUGUUAGGCUUGCCGAGCAUGUUGCCCCAUCCUCUCCUAUCCAACCAACAGAGUCUUGGUCCUUUCCUCUCUUAGACUCGCCUUCAUUGGAUCAACACUCUUUCUCCAUGGAAAUCGAGGCCUCUGGUUCUUCACCUGGGCAGCUCACUCCCCAAGUCCCUCACCAAGGUGAUAGAGUGCACUUUCGUCCCAAGUAUUUGGCUGAUUAUGACACUUGCUAUUCGACUACUGCGGGGGAAGUACCACUCAUUAUGUCUGUUAUCCCCUUGCUGCUUAUGUCGAUUACACUAAAUUUAAACCUUCUUUCCGUGCUUUUCUUGUAG